GACCUAAUCCGGAAUAUUGUGUCAAACGCGCCUUCUUUUCCGAUCCACCAUUUCUCUUCCCUUGUGUAUUUCUUCAUAACUAUUAACAAUUAAAGGGAGAUAGAUCUCUCUAUGGGUUAAUUCUGAUCUAACCAUUUUCGUUUCCUAGGUUUUCUAUUUGGAUUUGUAGCCUUUCAAUACUCCGAUUCGCUUCUUCCUUCAAUUAAACGCUGUUGUGUUUUGAUUUCGUUUUGUUAGGCGUGUGAGUAUUAGGGGGUUUCGAAGAGCAUAGAAUAAUGCCUUCGGUGCCCGUUCAUCUCCAUCUGGUUCCUUCCUUGACCAUUUUCCAUGGUGGAUCCUCUUUUCAUCGUCUGAAAAAUCUUGAAAAAAGUGAUCGGCGCGGUAAUCUUAGUUAACACUAGCACUUUGGUUUUGCAUCCCUUUCUCGUUUUUUUCUUCGUCGUCGUUGUUGGUUUUGCUCUAAUCGAGGUUCUGAGUUAAUUCGUCAACCGAUCGGGGAUUAAGGGAUUGAUAUUGUUGUACUUUUUGUAAUCUUCUUAGUUCCUGUUUUUAGAUUGUUGCAGUUGCUGCUCGAAACGUCGUCGUCUUUCAAGGUACUUUUGUUUAAUCUUGUUCUACUUUGCUAUGUUUUGGUGAAAGAUAGCUGAUGAUGCUUCUUAUGCUUUCUGAUAUGUGUUGUAAUGUACGAAGUGAUUUCUAUCGUGUUUGAUUUUAACGAGCUUUGCCUUUGUUAUCUAUGUAAAACAUGUUCCUAGUUAAUAACGAUGUGUGAUGUGUCUAUGCCUGUCUUAACUCAUUUGUGGUCAAAAUCGUGACAGUAUGAUCAGAUCUGACUCAUAGAGUGAUCAUUUAAGCUAAGAACUAUGCAGUUAUUAUGGAAAUGGUUAAAGACGUUGGAUUGGUAAUAUUUUUUUUAAGAUAAUUUAUUGGUCUACUGUGUGUUGGUAAAAUUUAUUAAUAAUUAUAUUUUAUAGGUGUGAUGUGUGUUGGUAAAAUUUUAUAAUUGAUUCCGAUGUUAUCUAAAUCCCUUCAAAUCUCCUUAUGCUGGCUAUGUGCGUGGUCCUUUCUUUUACACAAAUUUUACCUUUGAUGGAAUAAAAUAAAUGAUCAUCUUCUUCAUAAUAUUAUGCAUCGCUGGAGCAUUUUAGUUUUUGAGACAAGAUUCCUGUAAUAAUACAGGUAUCUUUUCCACCUUUUUCCUGGAAUGGAAGCUUGUGAUUUCCUAUUGCAUUUUUCGAAACUUUGUGAUGCCUUUCUAAACUUUCUUAAUCACGGUCCAAAAUAUACCUAGAAAAAUGCUGAAAUAUGUAUUUGUGGAAUUUUUAAUGCUCAUGAAGAUUAGUGAUAGCUUUUUUAUAUUAUUCAUUACUAUGUUGUUUCUUUUAGUUGCCUCUUUGGACCUGAUACAAUUGAUGGACACGGGCUCUCAUGUUAUUGCUGUGCACGAGGACAAGUUCAUAAGUAAUCUUGAAAGGACUUUCAGUGAGUCAUUACAUAUUCAAGAUGAUCUGAAAUCUGAACACACAUCUGAGGGAAAUGAUAUCUACAAUGUGGGAGAGGAAAACCUGUGUGGAGAAAUUGAAGAGCAAGAAACAAAACUAAAUACGAUGUGUUUGAAAAAAUCUGCAACCUUUCCAAUUCCUAAUAUGAUUUUGCCUUCUAGCUCUUGUGACAAGGAGGCUGAUACAUCAGUUACAGAAUCACUCUCUGAGCAUUCUCCUCAUCAAACCUACACACGUUCUGUAUCAUUGCCUGCUCCUCUGAAACUUAUAUCUGCCAUGAAAGGUAGCCGUGAGAAACAUGGGGGAUCACAUAUGAAAUUGAAUGUAAAAUGGGCCCCUGAUGUGUAUGAUCCGGUACCUACAAUAAUAUCACAUACUGUCCGGAACAAGAAACAGCAGAAAUCUAGGAAGAAGAAGACUGAAAAGAAGAAUGGGAAGAAGGGUCAAAAGGGAAAUUCAUCUCGAGGGGGCAGCAGCAAAGAUAAGCAUCUUCGCAAGCUGAGUGGGACCUCUGGUUUGUGCUACAAGUCAAUGGAUCCUGGUGAUAAAGUGAUUGGAGCUUCUACUGAAUUUGAUGCUCUUGACGUUCGUUGCCAAGAUUCAUACUGUGGAACUAGUUUCUUGAAAAAUUCAGUUACAGAAGUGCACUACUCGGUUGCAGAAGCGUUAUGACUAAAAUACUUAGAAUGUUUUAACUCAUUUCCAGCUAUGUGCAUAAAUAAAUAAUAUUUUGCUGUUGGCUUGUGUGGUGGAAAAAAAAUGACUUAGGAUUGUAUGGUGAAGAUGAUUGACACUCUUCAUAGAGGGCAGUCAAGAAUGCCAUUUUAUUUGUAAUGUGGGACAACCUUUUGUGAAUGAGGUCAUAUCUGGGCUUCUAGCUUUCCAGGCGCCAGUUCUGAAAGAGGGAUCUCUGUAGUGACCUUUUUGUUGACCAUUUCUAUGUGAGUUUUUUGGUCUAUCUGUGCGAUUUGUAUUUAGAUUAUAUUACUGUUGAUGAUCAAUGGUACUUAUAAAAUCUAAAUUUGUGAUAUCAAGAUCAUGAUUGUUUAAAC